CGAUGCCGCCCGAGACACUCCUCCACGGCAAUUGCAGCUCAAGCCGCAGUCGAGCUCACUCAGUCAGUCGGCAGGGCUCCUCUGUACGACGUGGCAAGUGAAUACCGAGUCGCGAGGUGACAGGCUGCCGAUGGCGGAGGCUCCCGAGGUCAAGGUCACCAUGGCGGACGCCCCAGUCUUGAGUCCCGAUGCGAAGAAAGACCCCUUGUCGACGAAGAGCGGGAAGAGUAUGCAGCUGGACAGCCGUGAGAGCUCGUCGCGGCGUAGCUCCGAGGACGCCGAGGGCACGGGCGAGGUCCAGCGGCUGCGGCGCGAAGUGGACAGGCUCUCUAAGAUGAACGAUCAGCUCACGGCCCAGCUGCAGGGGGCGGGCGCUCGGAGGGGGUCGUUCGACAGGGAGAGUCUGGCGUCGUACGACUCCGAGUACAGCGACGGCGAUGGCGGGCCGUCGCCGCUGCAGUCCCACCGCGUUACAGACGGUGGCUUCGUCGGGUCGCCGAGCAAGCCUGGGCUCAGCAUGAAAGAGAUGCACACCGGCGGGGAGUCGAUGGGCAAAAGGGGCACGUGCGGCACGGCGGGCACGGCCAUGACCAGGGUCACCAGCCUGAAGCCUGGGGUCGGGGCGGUGUCGGCCGCCGAGAUGGACCAUAUCACAAAGCCCGGCGACCGGAAAUUGAAGAAUGUCAGCGAGGGGCUCAGCCGCGUGGCCGUGAGAGGCAGCGCUCUGAGCAAGUCGAGGCCGGUGCAGGCUGCCAUCUACCUCAGCGCGCUCGCAUUCGUGCUCUUCACCCUCGUGGCCAAGUCCACGCACCUCGGGGAGACCGACUCCACGGACGACCACCGCCGCCGCCUGGGAGGCGAAGCCCCUCCGCUGAUGACGUACAUCGCCUACGCCUUGCUCUGCGCGGGGAUGCUCGCAAUGGCCAUAAAUUUCAUCAAGCAGCCGCUCAUCCUGGGCUACCUGCUGGGAGGCGUGGCGGUCGGCCCCCACGUUCUGAACAUCAUACACAGCCACGAGGACAUCUCCACCUUGAGCUCCUUGGGCCUCAUCUUCCUCCUCUUCAUGGUGGGCCUGGAGCUGAACGUGAAAGAGCUGCUGAAGAUGGGGAAGGUGGUGCUGAUCACUGGUGCCCUCCAGUUCCCCAUCUGCGUUGGUCUCCACAUUUGCAUUUUCAUGGGCCUCGCGGCCGCUGGGAUCUCGUUCGGGGAGGGUCCCAUGGCGACGGUGUACGCUGCGAUAGUGUGCGGCAUCUCGUCCACGAUGAUCGUGGUGAAGGGGCUGUCCGUCAAGUGCGACACGGGCAGCGCUCCCGGCAGGCUGACCAUCGGCAUACUCAUCUUCCAGGACAUAUGGGCCAUUAUCAUCCUUGCCGUGCAGCCCAGUCUGGACUCGCCCGAUAUCGUGAUUAUCCUGAAGACCUUCGGCAUGAUCGCCGUCCUGCUCGUCGUGGCGGUAGUCUACGCGAAGUUCGUGAUGCCCGCAGUUCUGUAUUCUUCGUCCAAGAACGUCGAGCUCAUGCUUGUUCUUUCCCUUGCCUGGUGCUUCUUUGUGGGCUGCGUGGCCACCCUCCCGUUUGUCGGCCUCAGCUUUGAGCUGGCGUCCCUCAUCGCAGGCGUUGCCCUGGCCGCCUUCCCGUACAGCGCUGAGUUCAACGGCAAGAUCAAGUACAUCAGGGACUUCUUCAUCACCCUCUUCUUCGUCAGCCUCGGCAUGCAGAUCCCGCCUCCCACUGUUGCCGCAGUUGCAACUGGCGUCUUGAUUGCUGCGGUGGUACUGGUCUGUCGGUGGAUCGGCAUCUUCUCAGUGGUUCGCCUGCUGGGGGGCCGUGGCAGCCUCGCGGGGGUGGCCACGAUCAACCUCUCGCAGAUCAGCGAGUUCGCCCUGGUGAUCUGCAGCCUCGGGAUGCCUCUCGGGCACAUCGAGGGCGACACACUGACGAUCAUCAUCUGGACGUUCGCGGUCCUCGCCGUGGCCUCGUCUUACUUCAUCGACUACAACCGGGCCAUCUGGAGCCGGAUCUCAGGCGGCAUGUCCCGCCUGCUGCGCCUGCAGAGCGCGGGUGCCCCGACGACUCACGACCACGACGACCACGGCGAGCACGACAUCCUCGUACUGGGUUUCCACAAGGUUGCCGCCGGGCUGCUCGGGGCGAUGCACGCCAGCGAUCCCCAGCUCAUGGAGAGAGUUCAUGUGGUCGACUGCGACGAGGAGGUCCUCGGGAUGCUGAAGGAUCGGGGUGUCAAGUCCUCCUACGGCGACAUCUCUUCGGCCGACGUCCUGGAGCACGUCCACCACGGGGAUGCCAAGCUCGUCAUCUCCACGAUCUCUGACUCCCUGCUGCAGGACGUCACCAACAUGAAGAUGCUGAAGAUAGCACGGCAGCUGUGGCCCGAAGCCCGGUGUAUCAUGACGGCAGAGACGCGGUGGCAGUCGGACUCAUUGUACAAGCACGGCGCCGCGUACGUGCUCCGAGUGGAGAAGCUGUGCGCCGAGCGCCUCUCGCACCUGAUCAAGGACCACUGCUCCGCCUUCUCGUCGUCGGAGCUCGACGAGGCCCUCGAGAUGUACAAGAGCAAGGACGCCGUGUCGAGUGGGUCCUCCAUCUUCUGACCAGGCAGGAUGCCACCCCCCUCCAUGGGGAGCAUGGGGAGGCGCCACUGCCCAGAGAUCUCACGGCUUAGACAUGGGUCCCCAGGCCUCUCGACCACUUCUCAGGGGCCGGCGCUUCGUCCCGAGCCUGGGGCUCAAGGCCCCGCCACAAAAAUUUAGUUGCACAGACGCCCUCAGCCUCCGCAGCCCCGCCGAUCGGGAAACAUCCGCCUCGACUCUUUGGAGCCGCCAGAUGUCCUGGCAGCCCGCCCGCCGGUGGUUCCUUCGGCGGCCCGCGCACUGCUCCGUUUUGGGGGCCGGCGCGCGCGCGACUGGCAUCAUUGCCUCCACGCGCUGCCGCGCGCGAGUCGCCGCUUCCGUGCGGAUGGUCUUCGCGCUCGUUUUCUUCGCGCGCCUGUUGUUCCUUCUCAUGGAGGAUCUGCAUGAUGGUGAGGGUUGGCUAGUCUGCGCCAGCCCUGGGUAAGUCCAUCUUUUAUACAGCAAGGCAGGGUUGCUGGGCAGUUGAUCAGCACACGUUUCAUUAUUACUAGUUACUGCACGUUGCACUACGCAGCAGCGAGUUUAAUUCGGAGCACCCAGCUGCGUGCUGCACAUUUAACCACGAGGCAUUUAGCUUCGAAUGUGGAGCAUUUAGCUCCCGUGGCAAAGGCCUGCAACGAGCCGUCUUCAUCGUGUGAGUUGGGAGCCCAGAUGUGCUCACCGCCGUAAGUGUAGCUUCGCUCGGACGUGUGCAUUUCCUCCUCGUCGAACAAUACUCGGGAAAUGGACGUCCGAGCGAUGGCAGGUAAGAUCCUUGUGCGUCCGCGCAUUGGGCGCGCAGCGCGGCGACUGCACCGGCCUCGGGCCGCCUUGCUUUUGACAAAAAAGUUCUCCCGAGCAAGGCAGGUAAACGGUGGCUCAAACAGGUGCGAAGCGUCCCG